CUGCAGCCUGGUCGCCUUCUGGAACGUGGGCGAUGGCGGCGGCUGCAUCACAAAGGCGCCCACGCCGGAGCGACCCCGGGCUGCGAGCGGUCCCGGCGCUGGAGAGGCCGCGGGGAGUCGGGAGUGGGCUGCAGCCGCCAUGGUCUCCGUCGGGACCAACACGGACCUCAAAGGGCUUGUUCACUGCCAUUUACCAAAGUUAUCACACAAACAUGGGAUGAUUCCAACGCAUUAUGUGAUGCCCUGGAAAGAAGACAUGAAGAACAGGAAAUUCACUUUAAAGCAUGCAGAGGUUGUUGGGAUAUAUACUGGUGCCACCGAAGAUAGUCUGUUUUUGGAGCACAGAGAAAGACUUUGCCAUGGAGAAGAAAGAAAACACAUACAGGAGAAGAUUCCUCGGGAAAUGAUGAUUGUAGAUAUUCCCAUAUAUUCUCAUCUCUCCAGAUACCAAAAGUCUGUGAUUGCUCACGCAUGGAGGAUGAAACUCUGACCUGCUUUUUCCCUCAAUACAGUCAUGUUUGAACUGUAUAGGCUAUGAAGUUUAAAUCUGCUGCAAGAAAAAACAGUGUGGUGGUUUUUUUUUCCUCUUUAAAAUAGAAUUAACAUGUUUUUAAAGCUGAUUAGAUGUUAUAUUUGAAAUGAAAAAAAAUUCUGUCUGCAAUUUGACCUGCAUAUUUUUGAUUAGGCAAGGGAGAAUCUCAAAAGUUUCAGACUUCCCAGUUUGAUUUAGAUAAGCAGCAUACAGACAUUUGGAUGCUUAUCUGAAGUUUAUACAAACCUUAGGGCUCUACUCAGCUUUCCACCACCAUCUCCAAGAGACUGGCUUCAACCCCAUUCCUUAUCCUCUAUUGUUUUCUUGGAGAGAGUCCCACUGGCUGUCUACCAGCCCUCCUUACAUCUUCUAAGGGUGACUAGCUAGCUUCCUCUCCUGGCUCUUCAGGGGCAGCAGGCUGGUUCAGUUCCCUCUUCCUUUUGUUUAGGUGAUAGUUGCAUUCCUCUCCCUACCUCAGAUGCUAGGCAGGUAGCAACAUCAGGAUCUGGAAAUUCUCCAACUGAUAUUGUUGCAGCUGUUGUACUUAGUUCUGGGUCUGAAUUGCUUCCAAGUAUAUUAUAGUAAAAAGAAAUUCCCAUUAUUGACAGGAGAAGGAAUUAUGGGUUUACAAAGCCACUGAAAUCAUGGGAAGUAAAGGAGACAAAAUUUGGAGAAAUACUAAAGGGCCAUCAAUUAAAAAGGUGCUGAAAGGCUGAACAAAUAUAAAUGGAAAUAAAUAAAUAAAAUACAUAAAUGAGAACAGUUGGUUCCAGUCAUACAGGAUCUCUCUGUACGGAAUCAAUUCCACUUGUCAAUCAAGAACAGAUGCCAUUAAAAUGAUUUAAUUGAAUUUUGUAUUAUAAUGGCUAUUUACAAUUGCUUAUUCUAAAAAUGCCAUAGGUUCAAACUUUAGAGAGUGAGAAAUGGGGAAAAAAGAAAAUGAAAAACCUUUUAAAUUUAAAAGCUGCUAAGUAUUUAUAAAUGUUCUGGGAUAAAAAACAUAGUUUCCGUAUAACCAGUUUUGUUUAUAUUUCACAUCUGCUGAAAGGAAGACAAUUAAGAAAUUUUGAGCUUGCCAUUUUUAUACGCUAAUAACGUUUUAAAAAAAUACAUUGGAGUGUAAUUUUAAAAUAUUGCUCUCUUCACAAAUACAUUUUAUUUCAAAUUGUGAUUAAAUCUAACACUAUAACACUUUCUGCUCUGGGUUGAAGAGGAUCCCCCCAACUAGAUCAAAAGCAGAAAGAAGCUGUCUUCAAAGCCUAAGUACUUAUAAAUUAAAAUAUAAAGUCAUCAUGAGCAAAUGAGCAGUAGGGUUUCAAGAACAUUUUUAUACAUAGUUAAAAUGUGCUCAAUAUUUUAUGUCUAGAAAUAUUAAUCACAAAAUAGUGUUUUUCACCCUAAGUGAUUCCAAAUCUGAAAUACUUUCAUUUAUUUUUUUUUUUAGAAAAAAUAUAACAUUACAUUUGUAUUGCUUACGGCUUUUCCCUUCAGAGCUACUGUAGUUGUGGAUAAAAUCUGCAGCUGAUAUAAUUUUCUUUUAUAGGUAAGGAAAUAAAAAUAUGACCUAAAGCAUCACUCCCAAAAACUGUGAGUCAAACUGACGCCCCUGCAACAUCAGCACGCCAGGACUGUAAAAGGCUUGCAACUGGUUGGAAGGAGAAUGUCCCCGAUAAUGAGCAUUGUGCUGGGCUGCCAUAAGCAGCUCUACUCAACUCCCCACCCCCUUGUGCACUGGUACAGGAUGUGUGUCAGAGAUGGCGACAUGUAGUGCUGUGUUAAUUUUACUGGAAUAAAUAGGCCCAGAGAGUUAAAGGUGUUAACAUAGCCCUAUGACUGUACAACGCUAAACAAUUAAAUGUUUUUUGGGGGGUUGAAUACAGAGACUUUGGCCUGCUUAAU